UAAAUUUUGGUAUAUUCGUCGCAGUUGCAGUAUCGAAAUCAGUAAGUAUCACUAUCAGAUCGAUGGAUGUUUGGUUUCGAUGAGAGCAUGUGGUAGGCUUUUACGAAUUACGCCUUGACCAAACCUAGAAAGUUGUAAAAUGGUUUGGGAGAUUACGGGAAUUAGGGAAAUUCACAAAAUCUACCUACCAACUUUUCAACUACUACCUCGCACUCACCACCGCACCACCAAACACGCCAGCCCAACGCAACGCCACGCCACGCCAGCCUCAUAUCUUUCCCGUUGCGUAAUAGGAAGCUACUUCCUUUUCGCUUUCUGCCUUUUCUGUUAUAGCGCUCUCAUUGUUUGGUCGCAGUUUGUUUUUAAUUAGAUUGGGGAAUGGAGGCGAAGCUGUUGGGUGCGGCCACGGCGUCUCUUCUUAGCCCUCGUGGUUCUGAAAUUUCGAGGCGCUGUUGCUUACUUUCUGGCCAGUUAUCGGAUAAGCGGCGUCGAUUGCGAUUUGAGAAAUUAGGGUUCUCGUCGGAGGGCAUUGCUGCAAUUCCAUCUGCUGUGGGUACCGUUGGGCUUGCCCCAAAACAGAGGGUUGACGAGACAGAGUUUUACACUCUUGAGGGGAUCAGAAGCUCCUUGAUUCGACAAGAGGAUAGUAUUAUAUUCAGUCUCGUUGAGAGAGCACAGUAUUGUUACAAUGAAGAAACAUAUGAUCCAUCUGCUUUCUCCAUUGAUAGAUUUCAUGGUUCUUUGGUUGAAUAUAUGGUCAGAGAAACCGAAAAGCUUCAUGCAAAGAUGGGAAGAUACCGAAGUCCAGACGAGCAUCCUUUCUUCACAAAUGACUUACCUGAGCCAUUGCUUCCUCCAAUGGAGUACCCACAGGUUCUGCAUCCUGCAGCUGAUUCUAUCAAUAUUAAUGUCCAAGUGUGGGAUAUGUACUUCAAAAAUCUCCUCCCUAGAUUAGUUAAAGAAGGUGAUGAUGGCAAUUAUGGUUCUGCUGCCACUUCCGACACGAUAUGCCUGCAGGUUCUGUCAAAGAGAAUCCAUUACGGAAAAUUUGUAGCCGAAGCCAAAUUCCGUGCUUCUCCUGAUGUCUACAAAGCUGCCAUAAAAGCACAAGAUAGAGCUCGGCUGAUGGAUCUACUGACGUAUCCUGAGGUGGAAGAGGCGAUCAAGAAUAGAGUGGAGAUGAAGACCCGUCGAUGUGGGCAAGAUGUCACUGCCAAUGAAGUUGAUGGCAAUACUGAUCCUGUCUACAAAAUUAAUCCAACCCUGGUAGCCAGUUUAUACGGCGACUGGAUCAUGCCACUGACGAAGCAAGUCCAGGUCGAGUAUCUGUUAAAGAGGCUGGAUUGAUGGAAACAAAGAAUAAGAGAACAUCACAAGGUAUCUGUAGUCGUCCUGUCAUAUAUACCGUAUGCAGCCUCUGUUCUAUUCAUUUGUAGUAUUUUUUUCAUUCUGCUGUCUAUAGAUUUACACAAUGGACUCCCACAACAUUCUGUCGAAGAAUUCUAGGUUGAUAUGAAUGGUGUUCAUAGUACAUUCAACGAAUUAUUUGGUGAUC